CUCAGGAGGACCAGGCAGGCAGGCAAGCACCGCCGCUCCGCGAGCGCUCAGGUUGCGUUCACAUCUGGCUUCCUGUCUCGCUCGGGGGAGAAGGCUCACCAUGGCGGCCAAAAACCGAAAGCAGACCGGCAAGAACGACAAAGGGGACAAGAGUCCCCCGCUCGCUUCUCCCGGCGGCAAAAGCGGCGCCAGGCGAGCCGCCGCGACCGCUGCCAGGGACGCCAAAGCCGCCAAUGGGUCGUCGGGCAUCCGGCACAAGCUGGGGCUCACUCACUCCGGAGCGGCCGGGUUGGGAUUUACGCUACUGCUCGCUGGUCUGAGCGGAUACCUUCACUGGUUUCAUCUCACACAGCUCUUUGAGAAUGACAGACACUUUUCACACUUGUCCAACCUGGAGAAGGAAAUGGCUUUCCGGACAGAAAUGGGUUUGUACUACUCGUAUUACAAGACCAUCAUCGAGGCACCCUCCUUCCUGCAAGGGUUACACACAGUGAUGAACGACCGCCUGACCGAGUACCCGCUGGUCAUAAACACCCUCAAGAGGUUCAAUCUCUACCCGGAGGUGGUUUUGGCCAGCUGGUACCGGGUGUACACAGCUGUCAUGGGCUACUUUGGGGUUCCCACCAAGAUGUGCUGGUCUAUCAACCGAGGAGAAGGCCUGACGCCCGUGGACAGUUGUGAAGGCUUGGGUGACCCGGCUUACUUCUACGUGACUUGUGUGUUCCUGUUGAAUGGGUUGAUGAUGAGCCUGUUUUUCCUUUACGGUGCUUUCCUCAGCGGCAGCCGUCUGGGGGGCGUCGUGACCACCGUGUGCUUCUUCUUCAAUCACGGAGAGAGCACUCGUGUGAUGUGGACUCCUCCUCUGAGGGAAAGCUUUGCCUACCCCUUCCUGGUCCUGCAGAUGCUGUUUCUCACCAUCAUCUUGAGGAGCCGGAACCCAAGCCGGAUGGCCUUAUUCGCUUUGGGCGUCUCCACGUUGUGCUUCAUGUUGCCAUGGCAAUUUGCCCAGUUUGUGCUGCUCACUCAGGUGGCUUCCCUGUUUGCUUCCUACAUCCUGGGUUAUCUCAGCGCAGCUAAGCUGAAGUCAGUGCUGGUAACUCACAUGAUCACACUGGCUUUCUGCUUCGUGCUUAUGUUUGGCAACGCCAUGCUGCUCACGUCCUUUUACGCCUCCACGCUCGUCUCAAUUUGGGCUAUCAUUGCGUUGAGGGAUUGCUUCACAAGGGUCUUUAGAAGUGGCCUUGUCUUCUGGGUCAUGCAGACUUUGGUUUGGCUGGGGUCCACUAUUCUACUCAAAUUCCUGCUGUCCACCAUUCUCGGGGCUUCAGAUGAUGCUCACAUCAGUGGACUAAUCAAGUCCAAGUUUACUAACUACAAGGACUUCCACACGCUCAUGUACACGUGUGCCGCCGAGUUUGACUUCAUGGAGUGGGAGACUCCUGUACGCUACCUGAAAACGCUGCUGCUGCCCAUCAACUUGUUGCUUGUAACUUUGAUUGGAAUCAUGACUGUGCAAGAUGUUAUCCGUUUCCUCAGGGAUGGAAGGAAGGCAUCUGAUCAAAAUAAUGAUCCUACUGACAAGGACGUUGUGAGGUGUGAAGUUGUCACAAAAGCGGAGAUGGCGUAUCACUGCCUGCAGCUGAUGGCCUUCACCGUGUUGGCCAUCCUCAUAAUGCGCCUUAAGCUCUUCCUCACGCCGCACAUGUGCAUCGUGGCUUCGCUGAUUUGCUCCAGACAGUUGCUGGGCUGGAUCGGAGACAGGACCAAGCAUAGGGCCGCCGUCGUCCUGGUGCUGGCCCUCAUGGCGGUGAAGGGAGCGGCCAAUCUGAAGGCCCAGUGGGGGAUUAUCGGGGAGUUCAGCAACAUGCCUCAGGAGGAGCUGCUGGACUGGAUACAGGACAACACCCUCCCUGACGCUGUAUUUGCCGGUGCGAUGCCCACUAUGGCCAGCGUGAAACUGUCCACAGGUCGUCCCAUUGUCAACCAUCCCCACUACGAAGACGCUGGUCUGAGGGAAAGAACCAAGCUGGUGUACUCCAUGUACAGCCGCAUGUCUGCAGACACUGUCAAGAAGAACUUGAACAAGUUGGGAGUUGAUUUCUUUGUUCUGGAAGAUUCUUGGUGCACCAGGAGAACCAGGCCCGGGUGCAGCAUGCCGGAGAUCUGGGACGUGGAGGACCCCGAGAACGUGGGUAAAAUUCCCCUCUGCACUCAUAUGUCCACGAACCCGCGGCCCCACUUCACCACCGUCUUUGCCAAUCACAUCUACAAAGUCCUUAAAGUGCCCAAAGAGGUCAGAUAACGGCACCCGACCUCCACUGUUUUUUACCCCCCAAAUCCUCAAAACUCCCAUUUUUUUAUGCAGCGACGGAAGGAAGGUUUGUUGCAGGAUUACUGUUUUUGAUUCCUGAGGGAAGGAGUGAAUUCUUUUUUUUUUUUUUUGUCUACAGGCCUCUUUUACAACGAGAUUAUCAGAGCCGUAGUUGUAUUUAUUCACGUGGCUUUCACACAGAAUCCAGUGAAGCAGGAUAUUGUUGGGUCCAACAAUCAUAUCAUGAGAAUUAUGCCAGUAGGUUGUUGAAACAGUGAUCCAGUAAAUUUCAAGGAUCAUUUUUCCACGUCCUCCUUUUAUACAAAGCACCCAAAACUGGGAUAUUGAUGAAAUUUUAGUAUUACCGUAAUUUCCGGCCUAUAAGACGCGACUUUUUUCACACCCUUUCAAGCGUGCGGUUUAUGCGGCGAUGUGGCUAAUUUGUACAUUUUUUCUAACGGCCGGAAGGGGGCACUCGAGCGGAAAAGGUAAGAGUGAGACUGAAUAUAUGUGCCGAGGAAGUGACUUUUACCGGUCCGGUAUGACGGUCUGAGCGCUCCCGGUGCUGCAAAGUCUCUUUGUGAGUAAUUCGCAUGCACGUAUAUUUUGUAAAUUUCCGGCCAGUCUGAAACAUCCCCAUCCAUACUUGAACAUGUGCCAUUCGAUAACUUGUCGCCGAGUGUUCAUGUUCGCUAUGGACGUCUCAGAAAGACAAACACGGGGAACGUGCAUAUCUGUGUAUAUCUUUUUUUAUCUAUCAAUUUUUGUUUUAAGGUUAGGUUAGGGUUUGGUUAUAACGUAUGUUACCUCCCUCUAUGUAGAAGAAGGGGAACUAUGAGACCUGGAGAUUUCUCAGUCAGCGUCUCCUACGUACCCAGAGUUCCCCUGUUAGUAACGCAUGCGCAUUCAUCACAAGGAGACUUUUCAGCACGGGGGAGCGCUCAGACCAUCACACCAGCCCUGUUUGCGCUGUGCUAGCGAUUUACUGCCGUGUCUUAGAAAUUUUUACCAGUGUUUUUUUUUUUUUUUAACCGGCCCUGUUAGCAUGGUGUUAGUGUUAGCGCGGCGCUAGCGUUGGUUGUAGCACGCGCGGUGGCGCAGGCGUUAGCAUUAGCACAGCGGCGCUAGCGUUAAACUCACUGUGUACCGUCUUUCUUUGUUAAUAUCUCGUGUUUCAAUGUCCGUUUCAAUGUGGGCACUUGCGGCUUUUACACAGCUGCGGCUUAUGUAUGUACCAAAUGGUAUUUCCUUUACAAAUGUACUCGGUGAGGCUUAUUACCAGGUGCGCUCUGUAGGCCGGGAAUUACGGUAUUCAUUUGUGUCUUACACACAGAAUCAAGCAAGUGCUAUCCAUUUAUUCCCUUUGUUACACCUUGGAUACUACCUAACUUUGUGAAAGUUCCCUACUCACAUGUUGAAUAUAAAUGCCUGCCUAACCUUUUGUACAGCAGUAAUUGACUAUUUUUGUAUCGUUAAUUUGUGGGCUCUUUUCUUUUUGUUGUUGUUACAAAAAUGUUCUGAAGUUUGACAGAGGAAUUACGGCAUGUAAGACCUUCAUUGUCAUGUUGAAGAAAUGUGGACUUUUUUCAGUUGCCCUGUUGUGUAAAAAAAGAAGAAAAAAAGCACACCUCCACUGUUGUUUUUAGCCUCUUUUACUGCCAAACUAACUGUAGCGGUUCAUCACAUCCUAACUGUAGCAGCGUGUGGAAGAAGCAAAAUACGCAAAAAUAUUAAGAUAAUGCAGUGCGAGGUGACUUCAAUCGAGCUUAGCAUCGCAGCAAUGCGCUAAACUCGUAAGCCUGUGUGCCAAAGGGAGCAUGAAAACAAAUCCACAGAGCUUUUUUUAAUAUAUGUUUCCAAUUGUUUUUAAUGUACUGUACUUGCUGGUCAGCGCAUUGCACAUUUUAAUAGUUGUUUUGUAUCGAAAUAAAGGGUGCAAUGAA